AUGAACGUGACGGCGCAACGUCGAACCGUCGGCCGUGCAGGUGGCGGCGGGAAAGCAAUCCGUGGCGGCAAAGCGAAAGCCCGCAAUGGUGCGACGAAUGGUACGAACGACGGCAACGGGGCUGGUCCGGUCCCGACCGGCGGGAUCGCCCCAAACGGGACCGCAGCCAAGGAAAAGCCCCCGCUGAAGACGCACGAAAGCUUCGAGUCGGACUCGUCCGAUCAGGUGUCCUCGUCGGACGAAGAGGAACGCUGGAAGGACUCGAAGCUGUCCAGCGACGUGCCGUCCGAGUACUGGCACAUUCAGAAGCUGGUGAAGUACAUGAAGGCCGGCAACCAGACGGCCACGAUCGUGGCGCUCUGCUGUCUGAAGGAUCACGAUCUCACGACGCAGAUGAACCAGCGUGCCAUCCAGGACUGCGGCGGGCUGGAGGUGCUCGUCAAUCUGCUCGAAAGCAAUGACAUGAAGUGCAGACUGGGAGCGUUGUCCGUCCUGUCCGAGAUCUCGUCCAACCUGGAUAUUCGGCGCGCCAUUGUUGACCUGGGAGGUAUUCCGCUGCUGGUGCAGAUACUGUCGGAACCGGGCCGUGAUCUGAAGAUCAUGGGCGCUGAGACGAUAGCGAACGUUGCGAAGGUCCGUCUGGCCCGGAAGCUUGUGCGCAAGUGCAAUGGCAUUCCGCGGUUGGUUGACCUGUUGGAUGUCAACAUGAACUGCCUUCGCUCGCAACGUGACCAGCUGUCCGAAGAGGAGCGUGAAAUGCUCGACAUGGCCCGUGCUGGAGCUCGAGCGCUUUGGUCGCUGUCCGAGUCACGCCACAACAAGGAGCUGAUGUGCAAGAGCGGCAUCGUGCCACUGAUGGGACGGCUUCUGAAGAGCGUUCACAUCGACGUGGUGGUUCCGACUAUGGGUACCAUACAGCAGUGCGCCUCGCAGGCCAACUACCAGCUGGCGAUCACGACCGAAGGGAUGAUCUUCGACAUCGUCUCCCACCUAACGUCCGACAACCUCGACCUGAAGCGUCAGUGCAGCUCGGCCAUCUUCAAGUGUGCUAGUGACAAGACCGCUAGCGAUAUGGUGCGUGAGUCGGGCGGACUCGAACCGCUGGUUGGCAUCGCUCGUGAUAAGACGGUUCGUGACAACAAGCAGCUGUUGGCGGCUGCAACCGGAGCCAUCUGGAAGUGUGCAGCUAGCGAGGCGAACGUGAAGAAGCUCGAUCAGCUGAAGACGGUGCAGGUGUUGGUGCAGUUGUUGAACGACGAGAACGAGGAGGUGCUCACGAAUGUGGUCGGUGCGAUUUCGGAGUGCGUUAAGUACCAGAACAACCGGGAGAUCCUGCGCCAGUGUGGUGGCAUUCCGUUGCUGGUGAAUCUGCUGAAUAUGACGCACGCACCGCUGUUGGAGAAUAUCGCGCGUACGCUCAAGGAGUGUGCCUCCGAUGCUGAGAGUAUGACGCUGAUGGAGGACCUGGACGCGAUCCGGUUGAUCUGGUCGUUGUUGAAGAACUCCAACCCAAAAGUGCAAGCAUUUGCUGCCUGGGCGCUUUGUCCAUGCAUCGAAAAUGCGAAGGACUCCGGCGAGCUUGUGCGAAGUUUCGUUGGAGCGUUGGAGCUGGUUGUUGGACUGCUCAAAUCCCGGGAUAAUUUUGUGCUUUCGGCCGUGUGUGCAGCUAUUGCGACGAUCGCGCGUGAUCGUGAGAAUCUCUCCGUGCUGUCUGAUCACAAAGUGAUCCGGAUGUUGGCCGAUCUCGUGUACACGACGGACGAUCUGCUGCGGGAGCAUCUGGCAGCGGCCAUCGCUAGUUGUGCACCGUAUGCUACCAACACGCAGGAACUGGGUCGGCUAAAGACCGUCACUCCAAUCGUGGGCUACAUGGUCAGUAACAACCCACGUGUGCAUCGAACGACAGCGAUGGCGCUGCAAAAGCUGUCGGAAGACCCACAGAAUUGCAUCACAAUGCACCAGAGUGGCGUCGUACCGUUCCUGCUGGAAACGGUUGGUUCGAAAGACCGCGAGCUUCAGGAAGCUUCCGCCGGGUGCUUACAGAACAUCCGCAAGCUUGCGUUGCGAGCGGAAGAGCUCGAGCUUUGCGGCGAAUGA